AUGCCACAAAAAGCAUCAUUGAACGAACUGCAAUGGAAAGAGGUGACUCUUCCUGAUCGCCUAGAUGACUAUGAAGGUAUUCUGGAUUUGGAGGAAAUUGAAGGCGUCGAUAUACAGUACAAUGACAAAGGAGGAAAUUUAAAGGAAGUUACCUAUGAACUUGUUGAUCCAUCAAAGAAACCCAAAAAAGAGAAGCGUAAAAUUGCUGAUGAAAAAGCUGGCACAAAAGGUGCUAAGAAGCCCAAAGUGGAUUCCAACAAAAAAGAAACAUCUUCUUCCGAAGACCAAGUCGAUGAGGGAAAUGAAUUUGCCGCCCUUGCUUCAACUGAAGAAGAUUUAGAGAAGAAUGUCGAUGUCUCAGCUUGGUCGAAAUGGCAUCUGUCUCCUGAAAUGCUGGGAUCUUUGUCUCGCGUUGGAUUUUCUACUCCUACCCCAAUUCAAUCACUUGUUGUUCCGGAAGCGACUUCUGGAAAAGAUAUUGUCGGUAAAGCCGCAACUGGUUCCGGUAAGAGUUUGGCGUUUGCGAUUCCAAUAAUGGAACAUUGUAUGAACGUUAUAGAUACCAAGCAAGUUCAAGCUCUCGUAAUAGCUCCCACGCGAGAGUUGGCCCAUCAAUUAUUGGAGCAUUUUGAAAAGGUCAAACCGGAUUCAAAUUUACGAAUCAUGGCUAUCACUGGUGGUCUUGCCGUUCAAAAGCAACAACGUUUACUCAGUAAACAUCCCCAUAUAGUGAUUGCCACUCCAGGAAGAUUGUGGUCGGUAAUUAAUGACAAUAAUUUAACAGAAAAUUUUAUGAAAAUUAAGAUUCUUGUUCUCGAUGAGGCCGACCGUCUGUUGCAGAAAAGCCAUUUUGAAGAUUUGCAGAAGCUUAUGGAUGUAUUGGGAAAUCCAAAACAAACAAAUCGACAGACGCUAAUUUUCUCUGCUACGUUGGAUAAUAAUCUUCAACAGAGAUUGAGCAAGAAAGUUCAGACCAACUCAUCAACUGAUGAAACAAGCCCUUUUGAAAAUUUAUUGAAACAGGUCAAGUUUUUGGGUCAGCCUGCGAUUCUCGAUGCAGAUCCAGAAACAACGGUGGCCACUCGCGUUCUUGAAGGAUUAUUAGAGUGUUCUCCGAAGGAAAAAGAUUUGUAUUUAUAUUAUAUACUUUUAAGAUAUCCCGGGAAAACGAUGGUUUUUGCUAAUGGUAUUGACGACAUCAAACGAAUUUCUCCGUUCUUGAAUGAGCUGAGAGUGGAAGCUUAUCCAUUACAUGCUCAGUUGGAUCAGAAGAAACGUAUGCAGUCUUUGGAAAGGUUUAAAAAUAAUCCAAAAGGAGUUUUAAUUUGUACAGACGUUGCUGCGCGUGGUAUUGAUGUACCAAAUGUUUCUCAUGUCAUUCACUACCACGUCCCUCAUACUGCUGAUAUGUAUAUUCAUCGUAGUGGUCGUACGGCUCGUGCAAACGAAGACGGUGUUUCUAUAUUGAUGUGUGGUCCUAAAGAAUUGUCACAAUUUAAGCGUCUUCUCUUCAAGUUGAAACGCAAAUUAGACGAAUUUCCGAGUUUUCCUGUUGACAUGAGUCUCCUUGGAGUUUUAAAGCCUCGAGUCGAGUUAUCACACAAAAUUGCAGAUCUUACUCGCAAGGCUGGAAAAUUGGGACGAGAAGAAGCUUGGCUAAAAGCUGCUGCCGAAGAACUGGGCGUUGAAAGCUCAGAUGAAGAAGAUCCUGACGAUCCAAAGCAAUCUUCUCAUAGUAAAAGAAACAACCAAGUUGCUCAAUAUCGUUCCGAGCUAAACUACCUAUUAAAUCAACGGAUUCAAACCGGUUUCUCCGGAAAAUAUUUGACAAGUGGCCUCACAAACAUGGCUGAGAAAUUACUAAAUGGACAACACCAUCAGAAUAUCCUUGGAACAGAUCCUGUUACCGCUUUGGAUGUUUUGAGGAAAAAGGGAAAGAAGCAAUCUUAA